CAGAGAGAAGUUUUCAGGGGGGUACAGAGAGAGAGAGAGAGAGGAGAAGAAAGAAGCGGGGUGGAAGGAGCGAGAGACAGAAGACCGCAUCCGAACCAAACCGUUGUCAAGGACUUGAUCUGACGCGCGCGGGGGCCCGGGGAUGGCACAGUCUGCCUCCACACGUUCGACGCGGCGUUUCUAAGUCACAGUUUGGAUUAUAAACUUUGUGGACACUUGGUGAGGGGGUUUUUUUCUUUGCGCGGCGCGCUGUAAAAAACAAAAAACACUGACGUGUGCACUUUUUUGUUGUCGUUGUAUAGUAGUUCGUGCUUCGCGGCGUUGGACGGACGGACGGAGAAAGGGUGCGCGUUUUUUUUUGUUGUUGUUGUCUUCCCCGCCGCGUUCCCUCACUUCUGCGGGUUGGAUUCUUGAGAGAAAUGAGUGAGAGGAGGCGAUCUGCCGCAGCUCUGAGCUCGAGAGCGCACGCGUUUUCCGUGGAAGCCCUGAUCGGCUCCAACAAGAAGAGGAAGCUCCGCGGCUGGGAGGAGAAGGAGCUGGAGCUGUCCAUGGAGAGCCUCGCCACGGACGGGGAGGACGCGGCGGCGCACUGUCUGGAUAUGGACCCGGACUCAGAGGCGAGUCCCGGCUCGGACGGAGAGGGUCUGGCCGAGAGGACGUCGUGCUCAUUCGGCUCACCCGCCGACCUGGCCCCCGGCCCCUGCGACCCGUCGCCCAGCUCGGCCUCCUCCAUGGAGGAGAUCCAGGUGGAGCUGCAGUGCGCGGACCUGUGGAAGCGCUUCCACGACAUCGGCACGGAGAUGAUCAUCACCAAGGCGGGCAGGAGGAUGUUUCCUGCCAUGCGGGUCAAGAUCGCAGGACUGGACCCUCACCAGCAGUACUACAUCGCCAUGGACAUCGUGCCCGUGGACAACAAGAGAUACAGGUACGUGUACCACAGCUCCAAGUGGAUGGUGGCGGGCAACGCCGACUCCCCGGUGCCCCCGCGGGUCUACAUCCACCCGGACUCGCUGGCCUCAGGAGACACGUGGAUGCGGCAGGUGGUCAGCUUCGACAAGCUCAAGCUCACCAACAACGAGCUGGACGACCAGGGACACAUCAUCCUGCACUCCAUGCACAAGUACCAGCCCCGCGUCCACGUCAUCAGGAAGGACUUCAGCAGCGAGCUGUCCCCCAACAAGCCCGUGCCGAGCGGCGAGGGCGUGAAGACCUUCAGCUUCCCGGAGACCGUGUUCACCACGGUCACCGCCUACCAGAACCAGCAGAUCACCAGACUAAAGAUCGAUCGCAACCCUUUCGCCAAAGGUUUCCGCGACUCCGGCAGAAACAGGACCGGCCUGGAGGCGAUCAUGGAGACCUAUGCCUUCUGGAGACCUCCCGUCAGGACCCUGACGUUCGAAGACUUCACCAACAUGCAGAAACAGCAAGGUGGAAGCACCGGCACCUCGCCCACCACCUCCAGCACAGGAACCCCCUCCCCGUCCGGCGCGGCGCACCUCCUGUCCCCCUCCUGCUCCCCGCCGACCUUCCACCUUGCCCCCAACACCUUCAACGUGGGCUGCAGGGAAAGUCAGCUGUGCAACCUGGGCCUGUCCGAGUACCCGGCGUGCGCCCGCAGCAACAUGGCGGCGCUGCAGGGCUACGGCGGCCUGGCCGACAGCUCCUACGGACGCCUCCAGGCCGCCGGGGGCCCCGGGGCCUCCGCUCAGCCCUCCGAAUCCUUCCUGCCACAGAGGACUUCCUCCUUGAUUGCCGCCGGCAUGCAGGGCGGCACUCACCCAUCCCUGGGCGGCGGCGGCGGCGGCGGCGGCGGCGGCGGCACCGGGGGCAAGAUGGACGCCUACGGCGGUCAGCUCGGCUCCUUCCCCGCCUCGCAGCUGCAGUACGUGAUGCAGGCUGGAGGCGGCUCCGGCGCUGCCUCGUCCUCCUCAUCCGGCUCCUCCCCUUCCUCCGCCCACAUGUUCAGCGGCGGCCACCACCACGUGCAGCAGGGCUCCUACAAUGCUUUCUCCCUGCACAACCCUUACAACCUGUACGGAUACAACUUCCCCACCUCCCCUCGCCUGGCCGCCAGCCCCGAGAAGCCCCAGGGGGGGCUGCUGUGCUCCUCCUCCCCCGCCGGGGCCUUCGCCGAGCGCCAGUACCUGUCCAACGGAGGCAUGGACUCUAUGCACAUGAUUGGCAACAACAGCGGUGGCCAGCAGGGCGGCAGCUCCUGCGACGGGCGCCAAUACGGCUCCUCCUCUCAGAUGUCCAUGCACAUGGUCUAGAAAGCCGAGAUCGGAACCUCGCAGUCCUCCGUGGGUCUUAAAUCUUUCAGCCGAGAAGCGAAUCUCUUAGCUAUGAGCCCGGUUUCGGUGUCGAUGUCGAACUGCCGUUAAUGUACUGAAGUACAAAACGAACCUUUCGGCAAAAGGAUAUCAUCUCAUGUUUCUGUUUAAAAAAAAAGAAGAAAAAAAAAAAGACUCCGCACCACUUACGAAGCAACACGGAGUCAAAGUAUUAUUAAGUUAUCUGUGUUUUUGUUUUUUUAACGAAGUGAAAAACUGGGACAGCCUUCGGAUGCUCUCGCCGUUUCUGACGAACCAAAACGACACAUGGAGGCGUGAGACGGGGGAACGAGGAGCCCACCUGCUCCGGUUCGGAGGGAUGAUCGGUUGUGAAUAUGUCGCGGUGCAAUAGCAGCAACGGCCUCUUCGAGUGACUCGUUCUUGAUUUUUCGGGGAGGGGGGGGACGACGACUCAAAAGGCCGCUUGGGUCGCGGCAUCCUGUUACCGAAGAAUCUUCGCUGUGAUACCAGCAGGUUGUGUUUUCACUUCACGCAGCACUUGUGUCAUAUCGUUUUUAGAAAAUGUCAAGGGGGGGGGG